GGAAGUGUCACUGCACUCUGCUGAAGAAUUCCCGCGAAGAUUGAGAGUCUCACCACUUUCUCUUGAGUCCCAUCAUCAUGAGUAAGAGGAAGGUGAAAGACGUUCAUCUGCCCAUCGGGGAGUGCAUCACACAGGUGCAGCACAUUUUAAGGGAGCGUUUUUGCUGUCAGCAGCUUCCUGGCAGACCGGAGGGACUGGAGGCUCAAUACAGACACCUCCUGGAGCUGCUGAGGCGCUCGGCCGUCCAGGGGGAAAGUAACUCGGUGCUGAUCGUUGGACCCAGAGGAGCCGGAAAGACGAUGCUGCUCCAGUGUGUCCUCAGAGAUCUGCUGCAGGAGAAAGAAGCUCAGAAAAACCUCCUGCAGGUUCACCUCAAUGGUCUCCUGCAGACUGACGACAGAAUAGCGCUGAAAGAAAUCACCAGACAGCUGAACCUGGAGAACGUAGUCGGAGAUAAAGUGUUUGGAAGUUUUGCAGAGAAUCUGGCUUUUCUGCUGGAGGCGUUAAAGAAAGGUGAUCGCAGCAGCAGCCGUCCGGUUCUGUUCGUUCUGGAUGAGUUCGACCUGUUCGCCCACCACAAGAACCAGACGCUGCUCUACAACCUGUUCGACGUCUCCCAGUCGGCCCAGACGCCCGUCGCUGUGGUCGGCGUCACCUGCAGACUGGAUGUUCUGGAGCUGCUGGAGAAACGGGUCAAGUCUCGGUUCUCCCACCGUCAGAUCCACCUGCUGAACAGCUUCGGCUUCCCUCAGUACCUGCAGACGGUCCGAACGCAGCUCAGCCUGCCGGACGACUUCACCGACCGCGGCUUCGCUCAGGACUGGAACAGCAGCGUCCAGACUCUGUGUGAAGACAAAUCAGUGGAAGAAGCUUUGCAGAGACACUUCAACUCCAGCAAAGACUUCCGCUCUCUGCACAUGCUGCUGAUGUUGUGUCUGAGUCGCGUCUCCGUCUCCAAACCCUCCAUCAAAGCGGCCGACCUGCUGGACGCCAGCCGACUUUGUUUCUGUGAUGCCAAGGUCAACAUGCUGCACGGUUUGUCGAUCUUGGAGCUUUGCCUCAUCAUCGCCAUGAAACACCUGAACGACGUGUACCAAGGAGAGCCGUUCAACCUGCAGAUGGUUCACAACGAGUUUAAGAAGUUUCUACAGAGAAAGUCCAACUCCAUGUACAACUUUGAGCAGCCUGUCGUCAUGAAGGCUUUCGAACAUCUGCAGCAGCUGGAGUUGAUCCGGCCGGUCGACGGAUCUUCUUCUAAAACCCAGAAGGAGUUCCAGCUGAUGAGGCUGAUGCUGGACCACAGUCAGAUCAUGGAGGCGCUGCAGAAAUACCCACAAUGCCCCACUGACAUCAAGCAGUGGGCCAUGUCGGCGUUCGGAUAGCUUGACUUUAGAGGGUUUUGUACAACCUUUUCUGCAUCAGAAUUGUGGUUAAAAAAUGUGAAACUUUCCCCGCAUUGUUUGGACGUUCACAUGAAAAGACGUCGGUGAAGUUUCUGGUGUUUCUCACAUCAAAACGAGCCGGAGGUUUGUGACGAGAAAAAGCUUCACGAAGCGACAAAUGUGGAUUAUCACCGUCUGGUUUGUUCUGGAGCUGGCUACUGAAAAUGAUAAUGAACAAAUAAGUGAUAAAUAAACUGUUUUGCAUUA